UUCCAAUCUAACCUAUAAAUAGUAAACAAUAAUCUAAGGACCCGCACCGCAUCUGCCGAAAUUUCUUUCCACCUCUUAAUUUAAGUGGUAAAAUAAUUUUUUAUUGAAUCGCUAAACAUCAUCUUCUCUAUUUUUCCUCUUUUUUAACUGUUCUUACCCUUUGAAACUCUUAUCGGUCCAAUAUAAUGUCCAGCUCCAGCACGGCCGCUUCUAAAAGCACACCUGCUCCUCCGGAAACGAUUGACAUCUCAAAAAUACCAAUUAAACACCUCAACGCACUGAAACAAGAUUUAGACAAGGAACUCAAUGUAUUUCAAGAUUCUCUUCAAACUCUCAAAAUAGCUCAGACCAAAUUUCAGGAAUCAAAAGAAAGUUUGGAAGCAAUCACUCCGGAUAGCAAAGGAAAAGAAAUUUUGGUUCCCCUCACCAAAUCUGUUUAUGUACCGGGUAGAAUAUCAGAUGUAGAUAAUGUUCUGCUUGAUAUUGGAACUGGUUACUACAUCCAGAAGGAUAUCGAAGGAGCAAAGGACUACUUCCAACGAAAGGUUGAAUUUGUUACGAAGAAUAUGGAAAAGAUUCAAGAGAUAGGUUUAGAAAAAAGUAGACUCAGAGAUGCUAUUUUCGAUGCGAUGGGAGCCAAAAUUAAAGCUGAGGAGGCAUCACAAGCAAAAACGUGAAACUCAAAAUGUAAUCCUACUAUAAUAUUUUAAGUCCAUUUCAAAUGUUUUACUUUAAACCUGUCUGUUGCUUUAGUCCUAACGUACAAGCUUAUUUAUUGUUUCCUUGAUGAAUUUUCUAAUGUUACGCAAAAUUAAAAACUCACAAUAAAUUUUUUUCAAUCAUUCUCAGUUAA